UCAAUACCAUUGCCAGGCAAGCUAUCAUAUAUAACUACACUAUUUGUUCCAUCAGUUUGUUAUAAUUGAUGUUUUGAUUUAAUUAUUCAAAUCAUGAAUACAGAUGCAUAUAUAUACUGAGUUUGUCUACAAAAGCACAGAUAUCAUACUACGUACAUACAUACAUACACAUAACUAACUAAACUAUUUAAAAUACACAAAACACCUACACUAUCAUGAUAUAGUUGACCAUUCAUCUUGGUCUGGUAAUACGGUUCCCCAUUUUGCACUGAAAACAAACUUUUCAGCUCUUUUCCUUAUCUGCCUCGUUCUGUUAGCACUACAACCUUCUGGACACUUUCUAUCAGCUAAAUACACAGCUGCCUCCUCCACAAGAUCAUCCUCUUCUUUCCUGGGUUCUUCACUCGGUUCUUGACACAGUCUGUGACUGUCUGUCAUCCUUCUUCGAUCUGAAAUCUUCUUCUACGUACCUUGAACGUAUAAUAAAGGGUCCCACAUGCUUUGUACGUGUAUUCCAUAGAUAAAUAAUUAAGGAACAAAGUCGAAUACAAUUCUUUUACACUUUUCUUUGGGUAGGACAAAAAUUUGCUGACGCGGACAUAAAUAUCACGUGAUAUUUCUAUCCCAUAGGAUAAUUUUUUCGUGACAGACCUCUAUCAGCUGUUAUCAGCCUCAGGCUCAGACAGGCUGGUCAUGUGUGAGACUAUAAUGAGUCCAUCAGUCCAAAUAGGCUGGUCAUGUGUGAGACUAUAAUGAGUCCAUCAGUCCAAAUAGGCUGGUCAUGUGUGAGACUAUAAUGAGUCCAUCAGUCCAAAUAAAAUGGCGGGUGUGGUACUGUUGUUUUGCUAAUUUUUUUAAUUGCAUUUUGCUGUUGUUAAACUUGUUAAAUUGAAAACACAAACUGCUCAACCUACAUAACAGUUGUGGCGAGGGUCUGCACUUCAGUGCUCUCAUUAUUUUUUGUGGUCAGUUUGGUCAAGAGUAGUCUUGGUUUGGUUUGUUAUGGCAAAGCGCCGUAAAGAAUCAGUGGAUCUAGAUGUAGAUGAUUAUACCAUUACAGAGAAACUUUGGGAGAAAUUUCGCAAAGUUCCAGCCAGAAAUCUCAGGGCUAGAUCCAUAAACCGACGACAAACGGGUCAUACUGAUCGAAGAAGUCUCUUGAGACAAGGCAGCAUCUCGUUUGAUUAUUAUGAGAGUGGUGGCAAGACCCCACUCAUGAAAGCAGUAGAGAAAGGCUACAUAAAAACUACGCUGAACCUUCUUUUGUUUGGUAGUGAUCCUGAUAUUAGAGACGAGGAGACAGGGAGUACUGCCCUUCAUUUGGCAGUUGAGAGGUGUGACAUUACCUUAGUGAAGGCAUUGAUAGCCUUCAAUGCUGAUACCACAAUAGCUAACAGGCAAAAUGAAACUCCACUGGAUGUUGCGGAAAACAUCAAAGAAGAAAAACAAACCCCAACAAUUAGAAAAGGACUAUUAUGUGCUGCAGUUUUGUUUGUCCCACUCGAUAGCAUGCCAAAAGCAAAAAAACGUGAAAUAAAAGAGGAAGCACAAAAAGGAGACAUCAGUCCUAUCAUUGAGGUCCUGAAAAAGGCUAGAGAUUCUCAAGCGAAGAGUUUUGAGUACUUUACAAAGAAUCCAACAAUCCCACCCCGUUCAAAAAACCAGGACGAUGUAUUCCUACUGAGUCUUGAUGGAGGUGGAAUUCGUAUUUUUAACAUCAUGCAGGCACUGAUUGCUAUUGAGGAGAGGAUGCUUGAUCUUGAUCCCGACAAGCGACGAUUAUAUACUUACUUUGACUACAUAGCAGGGACCAGUGGUGGAGGAAUGGUCGCCGCCUGUAUGUAUUACUUACAGGCAGACUGUUACAAUAUCAGGGCAAUGAUCAGCAAGGGUCUCAUCUAUGUUCUCAAAAGCUCUGCCUCUGAGAAAGGAGAAAAGUUUAACGCAAUCUUACAAGACAUAUUCACAGAAGAUGAAUGCCUCUCUGAUCUCGAUCCACGUUAUCGGGUUAUCAUCACGGCAACACUAACAGAAUAUACUCCCUACAAGCUACACUUGAUGACCAGUUAUGGAGGAUCAAGGGAUGGGCAGGCUGGACCUAAAGAAAGAAAAGUAUGGGAGGCAUGCAGAGUCAGUACAGCUGCUCCGGCUUAUUUCCCUAGACUUCGUGACCUCCCACUUCUUGAUGGAGGACUGGUCUCUAACAAUCCCACACUGGAUAGCAUGGCAGAGAUCAUAGAGCAAGGUAAAAGAGAAGGGAAACCAGCUAAGUUUGGCUGUGUGCUUUCGGUGGGCACUGGUUUAGUAACUUCAAAACAUGUAGAUGAAGCAGUUGAAUUAUACGCAACAUCACCAUUUUCUCUUCUAAGCUGUAAAAACCUUCGUUCGCUCCAAAGCCUCGCUUCGCAUUUUUUAAACCAAGCUACACUAUGCGAUGGACAAGAAGUGGAUCGUGCUAGAGCAUUUUGUGAUGCCCUUGGCUGUCAGUACUUUCGUCUUACUCCUUCAAUGGAUACAGCGAUUGAUUUGGCUACUACUGAUGAAAAAGAGCUGAUCGACAUGAUGUAUAACUCUCAGAUGUACUACCUUGAUAAUCCACAGAUCAUUGAUGAUGUUGCUAAAUAUUUAUUAUCAAGAAAGUAAUCUUUACACAAUUUAUUUUAUCAUUACUAAUUGUGGGUGUUAUCACAACUCAUUGUAGCUAUGCAAACUUUAAAGAUACUACAUGUAUCAUUAAUGUUUUUAUAGUUUUAAAAUUCAUCUAUCAAAUUUAAGCAAAAAGUCCAACAAGCCAAAAAAA